CAUUUUCGUUUUCGUCACAGUUACAUCAUCGAGUCAGCAAAGAGUAGUCAAGUUGACCACGAGAUCCCCCAGAUUGGUGAAAGUCAUGUGAUGCCUGGCGAGGACCAGAGCAAUGUCUACCAUGAAAGCAUCAACAACGGAAGUCACUUGACCCUUUCCGACUCUCAACUUGGCGCCGCUUUCAAGCCGGAACCGCUCUGCGAACGGCAGAAAAACUUAGCCUUCAUCAAGACGCAUAAAACAGGUAGCACAACGGUCGCCUCCAUCAUGCACCGGUACGCGCUGUCGCACCGGUUAUCAUGCGUAGGCUACAAAUCAGACCCGGCACGUGGGCACAUCAGAUUCGAUAUGCUAAACAAGCGCUCCAAUCGCAAAUUCAUCCCGCCUCUUGGCGUUGGGGUAGGAGACUACGCAAAUUACAAGGGCUACAAUAUGCUGACUGUCCACGUGCGCUAUCAGCCGAAGAUCUUGAAGCUUUUUAUGGCCGAGGGGACCAAGUAUGUCACUAUUCUCCGGGAACCGAGCUCCCAUUUUGAGUCUGCCUUUACCUUCUUCGGCGCAGAGAAAUCGCUCUUCCGCACACGUCACAGUGAUAAUAUCGCCAAGUUUGCCAAUCAACCUAGUCACUACUGGCACAAACUACCGAGGGGGCAUAAGAAAUACUAUACGCGCAACGGGCAGAUGUUCGAUCUCUCGCUAGAUCGGAGGAUACAUACCGAUAUAUCGGUAGUGAAAUCUAUCAUUAACGAUAUAUCGACAAAAUUUAGCUUGGUCCUAGUCAUGGAGUAUAUGGACGAAUCGCUUCUUCUGUUGAAGAAACUAAUGUGUUGGGACUAUCGCGAUAUUUCUUACGUCAUAAAGAACCACCGCACGCAUACGUCCGAAAUGGAUGACGACGUGCGCGCGUCGCUGCGUAAGUGGAACUGGGCGGACACAUUGCUCUACGAGCAUUUUAACGCUACGCUGUGGAAGAAGAUCACAGAAUACGGCCCUACAUUCAACGAGGACUUGGCGGAAUUUAGAGAAGUCUUGCAAAAAGACUAUGACGAGUGCGUAGCUGAAGAGUUAACAAAAAGGAGAAGGAAAGUUGUGAAGACGAAGCUGGCAAAUAAUUCCGACUAUUGUACUCAUUUGGCGGGUAGUACAUACCGGUUAUUUAACAAGGUUUACAAACGUCAGAUGAAUAACACUCAAAAUAAUUGAGAUAU